AUGCUGUCAUUAAAUUCUCUGCGGAUCGCGUGCUCAUCCCCCGCUGCGCUGCAGCUGAACUGGCGGAUGACGCACCGACUGCCAUUUUCUAGGACUCUUAGGCGUCGGGGACUCUGCAUGUGCACCAGCUUCCCGAGCAAGGACGCCAGAGCAGCGAGAAAGAGAAAAGCUCCAGUUUACUACACUAAUCAUGUUACGUCACCUAUGAAUUACUGCACAGACCAGGUCAGACUAAACUGCUGGAACUGCCAUCACCGUCUUGACAACAAGCCCGCGUUCUUCUGCAUGUCUUGCAAAGUCGUCCAGCCUCCUGAAGAGGAGACCUCCUACUUCCACAUCAUGGACUGUGACUACACAUUCACACUGGACACACACAAGCUGCAGAAAAGAUACUUGCAGCUCCAGAGGUCUCUGCAUCCAGACAACUUCAGCCAGAAAUCUGUGAAAGAACAGGAGUAUUCAGAAAGCCAGUCAGCUCUUGUGAACAAAGCAUACAAGACUCUUCUUAAGCCUUUGAGUCGUGGUCUUUACAUGCUGAAGCUUGAGGGCUUGUAUAUAGAAGAAGGCACCGAGUCCAGGGCUGAGUCUGAGUUUCUGACGGAGCUGAUGGAGAUCAAUGAAGCCCUCGAUGAAGCACGGACUCCAGAAGAUGUCGAUAAAAUCGGCGUAGACACGAAAGAAAAACUGGCAGAGCUGACGGAGCAGAUAGACGCUGCCCUUCGUGAAGGAGAACUUCAGGCGGCCCGAGCUCUGCUUACCCAGAUGAAAUACUAUGCAAACAUUGAAGAGAAAGUGAAGGAGAAACGUUCUAAAUUCAUGUAGAUUUUAUCUUUUUACUGCAGUUGUAUUUAUUUUUUAGCAACUUUCAAAGGUUUUGUACUGACAAACACAAAUUAUUGCGUGUUUUAGUUUCGUUAACAUGAAUCUAUUGUUAAAGAUGAAUAAUAUUUGCUUUCGUGACACAACCAAAUUAAUAUUUGUAUCUGUUUAGCUAUUUUCUUUAAGUGAUGCAGAUACAGUUGUGCACAAGGUAUGUAUGUACCUUUUUAAUUUCACAAGCAUAAUCAGAUCCACUUGUAUUAUUAAACAUGACAAAGACCUACAACUGAGUGUGAUUAAAA